AUAAAGGAUAAAGGAUAAAAGAUAAAAGAUAAAGGAUAAAAGAUAAAAGAUGCAGGAGCGCGGCCGGCAUUAACAGCGGGCAGUUGUGGGAGUUAUCGGCCCGAGCCAGGGCUGAGCCCGCUGCACGGGAGGACACGGCAGCGAGGCGCGGUGGUGUCCUGCAUGCUGUGGCAGCCUCUAUCCCUUCCUCCAUCCAUCCCGCUCCAUCCUGCACCCGCCGGGCAGCGCCUUCCCUGCCUGUCCGUGUGUCCGUCCAUCUAUCCUGGCCCGUCCUGCAGCCCUAGCGACUGGCUGCUUCCGGCCUGGCAAGCACCGUGCCCGCAGCUGGCGUGUGGGUGAGGAAUGCUGAGAAUAUUCCACUGUAUGGAUUUGUAUACGGCUUCCAUGUCAUAUUCACGCUACAUGCGUUGACAGUUGCUUGGUUAAAUAAGACCUCCUAGAGAUAACGUUAUUUAAUCUCCAAAGAUGACAGCUGUUGCAGUGCUAGAGGAGGUGCUGGUGUCCAUUGAGAAUGAGCUGCAAGCAGUGGAGAUGCAGAUACAGGAGCUUGUGGAUAAGCAGCAGGAGCUCCUUCAAAAGAAGACAAGAAUAAAGAAUCUGAUAAAACAGUCCUCAGGAGACCUGGAGGCAGGUGGAAGUAAAGACACUGAAACCUCAGCUGAGGAAUGGAACAAAACAGAUUUUCCAUGGUAUGAGAAGAUAAAAACUGCACUGCAGAGCAAAUUUAAACUCCAGAAGUUUAGAUCACUGCAACUUGAAACAGUAAAUGCUGCAAUGGCAGGAAAGGAUAUAUUUCUUGUCAUGCCUACAGGUGGAGGGAAGAGCCUUUGUUACCAGUUACCAGCUGUCUGUUCUGAGGGUUUCACACUGGUGAUAUGUCCUUUGAUAUCGCUCAUGGAAGAUCAGCUCAUGGUUUUGGAACAGCUUGGUAUCUCUGCAGCUUUAUUAAAUGCCUCAAGCAGCAAGGAACAUGUGAAGUGGGUCCACAUGGAAAUGCUGAAGAAGAAUUCACAGCUGAAGCUCAUUUAUGUGACCCCUGAGAAGAUUGCAAAGAGCAAAAUGUUCAUGUCCAAGCUGGAGAAGGCUUAUCAGGCCGGGUGCCUGGCUCGCAUUGCUGUGGAUGAGGUGCAUUGCUGCAGUCAGUGGGGCCACGAUUUCAGGCCUGACUACAAGUCUCUUGGUAUCCUGAAAAGACAGUUUCCUAAUACUCCCUUGAUUGGAUUGACAGCAACAGCUACCAAUCAUGUUUUAAAGGAUGCUCAGAAUAUUUUGCAUGUUCAGAAGUGCAUUACCUUUACUGCUUCCUUCAACAGGCCCAACCUUUACUAUGAGGUUCGGCAUAAGCCUUCAAAUAACGAAGAUUUCAUUGAGGACAUAGUUAAGACCAUUAAUGGAAGAUACAAAGGACUGUCAGGAAUUGUGUACUGCUUUUCUCAGAAGGAUUCUGAGCAAGUUACUGUGAGUUUGCAGAAACUGGGAAUCAAGGCAGGGACUUACCAUGCAAACAUGGAUGCUAAAUAUAAAACCAAAGUUCAUAAAGGAUGGGCAACAAAUCAAAUCCAGGUUGUAGUGGCAACUGUUGCUUUUGGCAUGGGAAUUGAUAAACCUGAUGUGAGGUUUGUAAUUCACCACUCUAUGAGCAAGUCCAUGGAAAACUACUACCAAGAGAGUGGACGUGCAGGUAGAGAUGACCAAAAAGCUGACUGCAUUCUGUAUUAUGGGUUUGGAGAUAUAUUCAGAAUCAGCUCCAUGGUGGUGAUGGAAAAUGUUGGCCAAGAAAAGCUGUAUGAUAUGGUAUCUUAUUGCCAAAAUAUGAGCAGGUGUCGCCGGGUGCUCAUAGCCCACCACUUUGAUGAGGUGUGGGAUUCUGCAAACUGCAACAGAAUGUGUGAUAACUGCUGUAGAGAGAAUGCAUGUGAGAAGAUGGAUAUAACAGGAUACUGCAGGGAUAUAAUAAAGAUCCUCGAGCAAGCUGACAGCAUGAGUGAGAAACUCACCCCACUGAAAUUAAUUGAUGCCUGGUCUGGGAAAGGUGUGUCCAAAUUCAGGGUGUCUGAAGUUACUCCACCCAAGCACCCUCGAGAGGAGCUGGAAAGAAUUAUUGCCCAUUUACUGCUGCAGCAGUAUCUGAAGGAGGAUUUCAGCUUCACAGCCUUUGCUACAAUAUCCUACCUGAAGGUGGGCCCGAAAGCCCGGCUGCUGAAAAACGAGGGACACGUCAUCACCAUAGAAGGGAUAACAAACAGGAAAAGUGUUUUCAAGGUCAAACCAUCUCAAUCUUCAAAUUCAAAAGGAAGCAGAGAAAAUGCCCAGACUGGAUCAAAGACUGUCCAAGAGCCACUGGUGAAGAAAUCACAGGAACAUAAGCGACCCAGCUGUGGUCCUAACUUAAAAGCAAAGAAGCCUAAGCUUCAGGCAGGUGGAAAUGACCAACCAGUAAUUAUUGACUGAGUGUCAAAGAC